GUGAUAAUUGCAGCCACAGAAUUUGAAAUACCAAAAAAUCUUCAAGAACAGUUGGAAAGAACAAUAGACCAUGUGAAUAAGACACCAGAAAAGUUAGAACUCAAAGAAGUCAAGGAAUAUCGCAAUAAAAUUGAUAAACAACUUGAAUAUUUUAAAGAUUUUGAUAAAAAGGCACUGAAAUGCGAUGAUUUUGAUGAAAUGAUCAAUUUAGCAUAUGAUAUUCUUGUCAAUUUUGUCAGUUUAAAAUCAGAAAAUUUAAAAAGUACUUGCUCGAAUGAAAUGAAUUCAUUAAUUAGUGGAAUUGAUGAAUAUUUGCCCAAAUGGAUUAAUAGCUGUAUUGAAAUUACUAACAGAUUUAACAAAUUUUACGAUGAGCUUAGUAAUUUUAUUGCCGACAAUAAUAUAAAAGAUAACCUUUUAUUUUUUGAGAUUCAAGAAGAGUUGUUGACUAAAGUCGUUGAAGUUAAAGAAAAGUUACGUAAAAAACCUGGCAAAUUGAACAAUAUAUUUUCCUCCAUUAAAAGUCUUGAUGAAAAGGAAAUAUAUCUUGUAAUUGGAUUAAAACUAUUAUAUGAUUUAACUAUUGAAUUGGAGUGUGCAAGAAGUAGAUUUAAGCUUUUGAAUCCAGAAUUUAUUAAAGAAAUAUCAGACUUUUGGAAAGAACUUACAUAUGAACUGCAAUUAAGAAAGGAAUUGGUGAAUAUUUUUGAAGAUAGUAAAUGUGAAUCUUAUAUAAGGGAAUCUUGUCACCAUUGUAUUGUAGAAAAUUUGUCAAAAAUAGGUUGUUUAAUUAAUAAUUUUGUUAGAAACAUUACAGCCAAAAAGAUUGCAAAUACUGAAUAA